AUGGCCCCUGGUGCAACUUUAGAGCAAGGGGGAAGAACACUGAGUAUUUCUGGCUUACCUGGUACAGGAAAUGUUACAGAAAAUUCUCCAGCUGGUACUGUGGUGUAUACGUUCGGAAUAAUUUUAACACCAAAUUUACUACCAAACGUUACAGUGAGAAGAAGAUAUCCUUUAAUAAUAAACUCAAACCCACUCACAAAAGCUUUCAAGAUCAACCCUGAUCCUACACUUUUGUACAAGGUUGUUACCAGUGGGGAACUCACUCUAGAUUAUGAAACCAUGCCCAACCAAUUUGACUUGCAGAUCCUGGUUUACGACACAGCUGGGGCAAGUGACCUACGAAUUCUAACUGUUCAAGUGCUUGAUGUAAAUGAACCUCCAGUGUUUCAAGGGAAUGCAGCAACACAAACUGUCACAGUCUACAUUUUGGAAAACACACCCAUUGGACCUAUUUACAAACUUAAUGUAAGCGAUCCUGAAAAACCACCUAGAGAGAUCAAUUUUUUAUUGACUUCAGAACCAUUACUAUUCAAUAUUUCUCAAACUGGAACCAUUUAUUCUAAGAAGGUAUUUGAUUAUGAGAAAGAUCCACAUAGCUAUAUCUUAAACAUUGUCGCAAAAGACCACCUUGGUCUGAAUACCAGUAGGACUGUGAUUGUCAGUAUCAUAAACAUCAAUGAUGAACCACCAACCUUUAACAUGGCACAAAGAUUUUUCAGGAUUAAAGAAGAAGCAACACCAGGACAUAUUGUUACCAACCUAACAGCUACGGAUCCAGAUGGUGAGGGCUUUUAUAAUAGCCUUCGUUUCAGCAUCACUAAUCCUGGAGGGAUUCCUAAUUUCUCCAUAAAUCCAGAUAAUGGUUCGAUUCAGGUGAGCAGCAUGAUAGAUCGUGAUGCUGCUCCAUUCAAAGAACAUCCCAACAUUACUUUGGAAAUUCGUGUUGUUGAUAGUCCAAGUGGCACAAGAAGUGAUACAGCAGAAAUUGUUAUAUUCAUUGAAGACCUUAAUGACAACCCACCAGUAUGUGAUCAAUAUAAUUACAGAGUAGAGAUUCCUGAAACAAGUCAUAAUGGAUCAGUCAUUGAUUUGAGAAAUGACUGUAAAGACAUUGAUGCUGAGUCACCAAACAACCUGUUUAACUUCACUGGACUGUCUGGAGUUGGAAGUAAUAAAUUCCGUCAGAAAUCACCUGGCUCAGGAAGUAUCGAGCUCGCAGGAAAUGUGGAUCUUGAAAGUGAAGCAGUGGACAGAUAUAUUUUGAAUAUUUUGGUGCAAGAUAUUGCUUCACCUUUCUUCUCUAGUAAUAUCUACAUUCACGUCAAAAUACUACCAGUCAACGAGUUUUAUCCAGUCUUCAGUAGUACUUCAUAUGUUUUUAAUGUUAAGGAAACAACACCAGCCGAAUCUGAAAUUGGAUUUGUGACUGCUACAGACAAAGAUGUUCCCUCUACUGGAAUAUCAUAUUCGAUUUUGGCCGGAGGAGGCACUCGUGACCUCGCAGAAAUAUUUUGGAUUGAUCCUGAAAAGGGUGUAGUGAAGAUUUUAGCUAGAUUAGACUAUGAAACAACUCCAAAUCACCAUUUUACAGUGCAGGCAUCUGACAACGAGUUCAAAAAUGCUAAUGCAUCUGUAACAGUGAAUGUUCUUGAAGAAAAUGAUGAACCACCAAUUUGCUCACCCAAUUCAUAUUUGCUGGAGGUUCCAGUGGACCUACAUUUUGGCACCAACAUUGGCGGUUUUAUUAUUUCAUGUGAAGAUCGGGAUUCAAGUCCUCAAUCAUUCCGAUAUUCUAUUAAUUCAGGUAAUGUGAAUAACCAUUUCGCCUUUUCGCCAAGCGCUGGCUCUAAUGUCUCACGGCUGAUACUUGCAUCCCCAUUUGACUACGAGAGCGGCCUGGACAGAAUUUGGGAGUACAGACUGUUAGUCUUCAUAACAGAUGAUAAUUUAUUAUCCGGUGCUGGCAGAGCUACAGCCCUCAUUCAGACUGGCACAGUGACAUUAACCAUCAAAAUCAUUCCAAACCCAACCACUGUGGCUCCGACAACACCUGGUGUUACCUUUGUGACCAAUAGAGAAAAUGUUUAUUCUGCAUCAGCUUGGUAUGUGCCAUUCAUCAUUGCCCUUGGCAGCUUGCUACUCCUUGGACUUCUUGGGUAUCUUACCUUUUUGCUGGCAAAAUACAUCCGCACCUGCUGCCCACCAAAACUCAAAGCUGAUAAAAAGCCACUAACUCUCAAAAUUAAAAAGAAAAAAGCUAAGAAAGAAGUAGUAUGGGAGAUGACAAACAUAAACGCUGUUUUUGAUGGGGAAGCAAGAGACCCAGUCACUGGCAAACUGUACGAAUAUAAUUCAAAGUCUGGGGCCCGAAGAUGGAAAGAUACAAACGCGCCUCCUAUGUUGGAAGCGAAGGACCCAGUCGCACUGGAAAUCCCAGAGAUAGCAACUUCACAGAGUGGUCGAGGGAAUCUGAGCAAAAGGGAAGCUGAUACCAAUGGCAGAAAGCUGGGAGAACAAAACCACAUGACACCAAAACCCUCAGAGAAGAAGACAGAGACUGCUGACCAAAAUAGCAAUCUAAAGUUACAGAAGCCGAAAGAAGGGCCUUUAGUCAAGGGGUCGUCCUCACCUGUUCCCCCACGCAGGUCACCAAUCCCCUCUCCCAAAAUAUAUCCCAAAUACCAAAAUCAAUCUUAA